CGCCAUCGUUGUUCACCUUUCGACCUUCAUUUGCUCAACACAGGAGCAGGAACGGAGGCAACGUUGCACGCAGCAAACCUGGCAAAGUCGGGAAGAUAGUCGAGCUAUUCAGUGGUACGGGGCCCGUUCAUCACUGAUCUUCUGACGGGUCGGUCUUCUCGGGCGGGGUAGCAGCAUUCCACGAACCAACCUCUUGGAUUGGGACUCCCACCCAGCCAGUCAGUUCUCGGCGUUUACCUAUCUUUUCAGCACCAACAAUGUCCGCCUCUAAAGGCCACUUCUCGCCCUCCGUCAUCUCAGCCGACGUCGUUUCCUCUCUCCCCGCUGGAUACACAAUCCGGCCCCUUGAACGAGAAGACUACCACAAAGGUUUCUUUGAGUGCAUCCAAGUUCUCACUUCCACCGGUGAUGUCUCCGAGUCACGAUUUCUGGAGCGAUAUGACUACAUGAAGAAUUUGGGUGUUCAUUAUUUUCUGGUCAUUGAGCAUGAGGGAAAGGUUGUGGGGACGGGGACGUUGAUGGUUGAGAGGAAAUUCAUUCACGACUUGGGAAGCGUAGCCCACAUCGAGGAGAUUGCCAUCCGGAAAGAGGAGCAAGGAAAGGGACUGGGCUUGAAGAUGAUUCAGGCGCUGAGCUCGGUGGCGAAGAACGUUGGUUGCUACAAGAGUAUCCUUGGUUGUAGCCCGGAGAACGAGGGGUUUUAUCAGAAGUGCGGAUUUAAGAGGGGAGGGCUAGAUAUGAAUCAGUACUAUGAGGAAGAGAAGAAUUCUUGGGAGAGGGGAUGAGGGGUUGGAGAAAGGAGCGCGUGGAGUGUGCUGGGUCGUGACCUGCGACGGAACUGUGGUCGAAUAGAAUGGAAAAGGACUAGAUUGCAUGGAGUUUCAGCCACGGGCGAGCGUUAAACCCAUGGAACAUUAGCGGGGCAAUAAAAGUGCGUUGAGACGUCUAUCCAGAUCUUUGAUUUCUGGGAGCAUCGUUUACGUUUCAUCGAGAGAAAGGGUUAAUUGUACCUUGGUCACAGA